AUGAAAGGUGUGGCCCUCAUCACUGGUGCAUCCCGUGGUAUUGGUCGCGCGAUCGGUCUGCGCCUCUCAAGAGACGGGUAUCGCGUCGCACUGAACGACCUUGCAUCCCAGAGGAACGCUCUUGAGGACCUUCAAACUGAGAUCUCAGCGGCAGGGAGGAAGUCCUCGCUCUAUUUCGGUGAUGUUUCCGAAGAAGAGGAGGUGAAAGGGAUGGUGGAGAACGUGGUGAAGGACAUGGGCGCGCUCAACGUGAUGAUUGCGAAUGCUGGAAUCUGUUUCUAUACACUAGACCCUUUCGUCGAAACCCAAACCGAGGACUUCCGGCGUACGCUCGCGGUGAACACUUUCGGUGUUUUCUUCUGCUACAAGUACGCAGCACGGCAAAUGAUUACCCAAGGAAAAGGUGGCAGGAUAAUCGGUGCUGCGUCUAUCGGCGCGAAGCAAGGUUCAGCGGUUAUGAGCCCGUACGCGACGAGUAAGUUCGCUGUGCGAGGGCUGACCCAGUGUGCUGCCGCUGAUUUGGCAAAACAUCGCAUAACGGUAAAUGCAUACGCUCCUGGCGCCACCGAGACCAAAAUGUUGGAUGGUGUUAGAGCGAUAAUACCAGAGGUCGCAGUCGUUCCCCCCAUCGGUCGUGAUGGGAAGCCCGAAGAUAUCGCCGGCUUGGUGUCGUACUUGGUCUCACCAGAGGCCGAGAUGAUCACAGGCCAGACAAUUUCCAUCAACGGCGGUACUUUCUUCGAUUAA